AUGGUCAAAGCCGUCGUUGCUGGCGCCUCUGGCGGCAUUGGACAGCCCCUCUCUCUGCUGCUGAAGCUCUCCCCGCUUGUCGACGAGCUCGCCUUGUACGACGUCGUCAAUACCCCGGGUGUCGCGACCGAUCUGUCUCACAUCUCGUCCAACGCCAAAACCACAGGCUACCUUCCGCCAAACGAUGGCGCCAAGACGGCCUUCAAAGAUGCCGACAUCAUCAUCAUCCCGGCCGGCAUUCCCCGCAAGCCUGGUAUGACUCGCGAUGACCUCUUCAACAUCAACGCCGGCAUCGUCAAGGGCCUGAUUGAGGUUGCCGCCGAGGUUGCGCCCAAGGCUUUCAUCCUCGUGAUUUCCAACCCCGUCAACUCGACCGUCCCCAUCUCUGCUGAGGUUCUCAAGACGAAGGGUGUCUUCAACCCCCAGCGCCUCUUCGGUGUCACCACCCUCGACAUCGUCCGCGCCGAGACCUUCGUCGCCGAGAUUGCCGGCAAGGCCAACCCUCAGCAGCUCACCGUCCCCGUCAUUGGCGGACAUUCUGGCGAGACCAUCGUCCCGAUCUUCAGCAAGGUCGAUCCUCCUGUUACGAUCCCCGAUGACAAGUAUGACGCCCUGGUCAACCGCGUCCAGUUCGGCGGUGACGAGGUCGUCAAGGCCAAGGACGGUACUGGAUCCGCCACCCUCUCCAUGGCCUACGCUGGCUACAGAUUUGCCGAGAAGCUCCUCAAGGCUGCCAAGGGCGCCAAGGGCCUCGUCGAGCCCAGCUAUGUCUACCUCCCGGGUGUCCCGGGUGGCAAGGAGAUCCAUGAGAAGGUUGGGGUUGACUUCUUCUCGGUCCCCAUCGAGCUUGGGCCCAAUGGUGCUGAAAAGGCCAUCAACAUCCUGGGUGAUAUCACCGACAAGGAGAAGACCCUGCUCGAGGCGGCAGUCAAGGGCCUGAAGGGCAAUAUUGAGAAGGGCAUCUCGUUCGCCCACAACCCCCCUCAAAAGUAA